GUCAUUCUACAAACCGGAAGUAACAGCGACUUCCAUAACAAUGCUUUAAAGCAAUUAUCGCCUGCAAACCAAAAGCGUUUAUUGCUAGCAGUGAACCCAACUUAAAUGCUGUGUUUCAUCCAUUUUUCUUGACAUUUAUGGAGUCGUAUUCUGUGCACAAAGUCAUCGGUGAGGGGUCUUUCGGUCGGGCUUUGUUAGUUCAAUGCAACAAAACUCAGGAGAUGUAUGUAGUCAAGGAAAUACAGCUUCCAAAGAGUGAAUCCAAGCAAGAGAAGUCAAGAAAGGAAGCUGUCUUGUUGUCUACUAUGAAGCAUGAAAAUAUUGUAGCUUUCCAUGACGCUUUUGAAGCGGAAAACCUCUUGUGUAUUGUGAUGGAGUACUGCAGCGGAGGAGACUUGCUCCACAAGAUCCGGCAGCAGAAGAACAAGCACUUCCAUGUUGAUGACAUCUUGAAAUGGUUUGCUCAAAUGUGUGCCGCUGGCACGCACAUCCACGACAAGCGCGUUUUGCACCGAGAUCUCAAGUCCAAGAACAUUUUUCUAACCGAUAACGGGACAGUCAAGCUCGGUGACUUCGGCUCGGCGUGUGUUCUGAACAGUUCCAAGGCGUACGCCCGUACGUAUGUUGGGACGCCGUAUUACGUCGCUCCGGAGAUCUGGGACAACAAACCGUACAACAAUAAAAGUGACGUUUGGUCUCUGGGUUGUGUCCUCUACGAGCUGUGCACACUACGACACCCGUUCCAAGCGCCCAGCUGGAAGAGUCUGAUCCUAAAAGUGUGCCGGGGGGCGUACCCCCCGCUGCCCGGGCACCUGCCCAUCGAGCUGCAGCUUCUGCUCAGGCAGAUGUUCAAGACGGACCCCCGGGACCGGCCGUCCCUGCGCACCAUCCUGACCUCCCACCGCGCAUCCAGACUGCUACGAGCGCAUCUGCCCUCCGAGGCGAUACAGGCGACGGAACGGGGGAGGCGGUGGAAUUCGGACAAACGGAAGAAGGUGCCUCAAGGUCUCCAGGGGAAGAGCUUGAUCCAAACCACGACCUUGGAAGGUGCGGAGGUUCACGCCGAAGACCGAGCGCCGGCCCUUCGGAGGCGUUGGGCCGAGCCCUCUGAGACGGCGCUGCAGAUGUUGGCCAACGGCAGCCUCCUGUCGACCGAUGACGUCCCGGAGGAGGGCCGGGGGCGGAGGAGGUGGCGGCGGGAACCGCCGGAGAGGCUGCUGAGUCUGUUAGGGAAAGCCGAGCUCAGUCCAACCUUCGGCACCUUCAUCAUCCGCAGAGACGGCGAAAGUCCCCUAGUUGGUCCGCUUUCCCAGACUCGAGGCGACAACACAGACGGCCCCGAACAGGAAGUUGCCGUAGACGACGACCGCCUGCACCCGCGGUCCGACGACGACGACACGGAUUUUGAGGAAGAAUCUCCGUGUGAUUGGAUGCGUCAACUGGAGAAAAUGCUCUAAAAGAAAUUGUCCUUUUCUGUAUUAUUUAAAAAUGUACAAUAUUAGUCUUUUGAUACAAAAUAAAGUGGGUAGAAAAAACACAUUUCAAUUCUGGGCUUUUUUCCCCUAAUCU